UCUCUCUAUUUCUCUCUCUCUCUCUCUCUCUCUCUACUUCUCUCUCUGUCUCUCUCUCUCUCUGUUGCUCUCUCUAUUUCUCUCUCUCUCUGUCACUCUCUCUAUUUCUUUCUCUCUCUCUCUGUCUCUCUCUCUGCCUCUCUCUCUCUAAUUCUCUCUCUCUCUGUCGCUCUCUCUAUUUCUCUCUCUCUCUCUGCCUCUCUCUCUCUCUGUUGCUCUCUCUAUUUCUCUCUCUCUCUCUGUCGCUCUCUCUAUUUCUUUCUCUCUCUCUCUCUCUACUUCUCUCUCUCUCUGUUGCUCUCUCUAUUUCUUUCUCUCUCUCUCUGUCUCUCUCUCUGCCUCUCUCUCUCUCUUUCUCACUCUGGAUUAGAGCUGGAUUCACAAACUUGGUGAUUUGAGUGAGGUUGGGUGGAUGUCAUCGUGUGUCAUAACAGUGGUGUCCUCUAUCAUGUCUUCACGGGGUGCUGCGUUGGGUUCUAAAGGGGGGCGUUGCUGCACUGCUGUUACUCUUUCAAGUAGCUACUGGAGUGUAGGAUGAUGCUGCUGUCUCCUCUGGUUCAUCACCUACAACAGGGAAUGUUUUCAUCAGACACAGACACUGAGGAAACUCAGCCCAAUAAGAAAUGAUCCUUCGACAGAGCAGGAGCAUUUUCAUACACUCAGCGGGAAGAUGCUACCCAUCUAUGAAGGGAGUGAAGUCUACGAGGUGGUCGGGUACCCUGAGAGGAUGCUGCCAGUUCCUGUGCAAACCUCCCUCGGAGAAGUGUACAGCUGCUCUAUAAUGGAGAGUUACUCACAGAGCCAUCUCAAACACAUAUGAUUUGUAUCCUGAUCCAUCAGUGGAAAGAUGGUGCUGUUUUUGUGGGUAGUAGGGGCCAGUAUUAGGUAGGAGGAGACAGUGUUAGGUAGGAGGAGUCAGUGUUAGGUAGGAGGGGAGAGUGUUAGGUACAGUGUUAGGUAGGAGGAGACAGUGUUAGGUAGGAGGAAACAGUGUUUCGUAGGAGGGGAGAGUGUUAGGUACAGUGUUAGGUAGGAGGAGACCGUGUUAGGUAGGAGGAGACAGUGUUAGGUAGGAGGAGUCAGUGUUAGGUAGGAGGAGACCGUGUUAGGUAGGAGGAGACAGUGUUAGGUAGGAGGAGUCAGUGUUAGGUAGGAGGAGUCAGUGUUAGGUAGGAGGAGUCAGUGUUAGGUAGGAGGAUACAGUGUUUGGUAGGAGGGGAGAGUGUUAGGUAGGAGGAGACAGUGUUAGGUAGGAGGAGACAGUGUUAAGUAGGAAGAGACAGUAUUAGGUAGGAGGAGUCAGUGUUAGGUUGGAGGAAGCAGUGUUAGGUAGGAGGAGACAGUGUUAGGUAGGAGGAGACAGUGUUAGGUAGGAGGAGACAGUGUUAGGUUGGAGGAAGCAGUGUUAGGUUGGAGGAAGCAGUGUUUGGUAGGAGGAGACAGUGUUAGGUAGGAGGAGACAGUGUUAGGUAGGAGGAGACAGUGUUAGGUAGGAGGAGUCAGUGUUAGGUAGGAGGAGACAGUGUUAGGUAGGAGGAGUCAGUGUUAGGUAGGAGGAGUCAGUGUUAGGUAGGAGGAGACAGUGUUUGGUACAGUGUUAGGUAGGAGGAGACAGUGUUAGGUAGGAGGAGACCGUGUUAGGUAGGAGGAGACAGUGUUAGGUAGGAGGGGAGAGUGUUAGGUACAGUGUUAGGUAGGAGGAGACCGUGUUAGGUAGGAGGAGACAGUGUUAGGUAGGAGGAGACAGUGUUUGGUAGGAGGGGAGAGUGUUAGGUACAGUGUUAGGUAGGAGGAGACCGUGUUAGGUAGGAGGAGACAGUGUUAGGUAGGAGGAGACCGUGUUAGGUAGGAGGAGACAGUGUUAGGUAGGAGGAGUCAGUGUUAGGUAGGAGGAGUCAGUGUUAGGUAGGAGGAGACAGUGUUAGGUAGGAGGAGACAGUGUUUGGUAGGAGGGGAGAGUGUUAGGUACAGUGUUAGGUAGGAGGAGACAGUGUUAGGUAGGAGGAGUCAGUGUUAGGUAGGAGGAGACAGUGUUCGGUAGGAGGAGACAGUUUUAGGUAGGAGGAGUCAGUGUUAGGUAGGAGGAGACAGUGUUUGGUAGGAGGAGUCAGUGUUUGGUAGGAGGAGACAGUGUUUGGUAGGAGGAGACAGUGUUAGGUAGGAGGAGUCAGUGUUUGGUAGGAGGGGAGAGUGUUAGGUAGGAGAACAUCUGUCUCUGAUAUCUAAAGUCAACUGUUGUUCACGGAGUAACACCAAAUUAGCUUGUCUGUAUGCUAAAUGUUAAGCCUGUGUUUGUUUACAGUGUAGAGUGAGGAGCCUCAACGCAGGGAAGGCGUGGUCCCGGGGGGUAGGAGCGAUGAGUUCACUGCGUGUCCCUGUCCUACUGGCGAUGCUGGUCCUCCUGCUGACCGCUGGUUUCUGCAAACAGAGCUCUGUGCACGUGACCCCGGGGGCGAGCACAGGGGCGCGCACGGACGGACGUAACCUCCUGGAGCUCAUAAUGGACAAGGUGCGUCUGACGCGGCAGCAGCAGGACGAGGUACACGUGCGCUACCCCGCCAAAAAACAGGAGUUCACCUUGGAGACCAAGGAGAGGAAUGAAGUGAACAAGUCUCAUCACGGAGAACACAUCAUAGAGGUGUUCCCCAGAGACCUGAGGCAAAAGGAGAAGUUCCUCAAACACCUAACAGGUCCACUAUACUUUAACCCAAAGUGUAGGAAACACUUCUAUAGACUAUACCACAACACCAGAGACUGUACCAUCCCUGCCUACUAUAAGAGGUGUGCCCGUCUUCUUACCAGACUGGCAGGCAGUCAGAGGUGUACAGAGAGGUAGAAUACCCUGAGCCCAUGAAAGAGAGAAGUGCCUUGGAAGAUGAACAGAGAGACUGCUCGUAGUAUCAAUGUGUCAUGGGGAACGUUAGUUAUGUUAGGACAUUCAUAGAAGCUCACACAUACUCUACUCUACUUUACUCAACUCUACAUUCGGACAAUCUCCGAGUUCAGCUGCCAAAAACCCUGACGACACGUGGAUGCUGUUUUACACUUGGAUUAUAUCAUGACACUAUGCGGCAGUGCUCCUGUGUUCAUUGACAUGCCUUCAUCAUGGGUUACAACAAACACAUUUGGUUGGAGUUUGGUUGGUGGUCUCUGAGCUGUGGUUGUAGACAGAAAGAAAGACUGACAGACAGGCGGACACACGGAAAGUAGGACAGACAGACAGACAGACAGACAGACAGACAGACAGACAGACAGACAGACAGACAGACAGACAGAGAGACAGACAGACACACGGAGAGACAGACAGACACACGGAGAGACAGACAAACACACAGACAAACACACAGACAAACACACGGACAGACAAACGUCCUGAUAUGUUCUUCAGCUUCAUUGCAUUAGAUGCAGAGAACCACAGAAGUGAACUAAUCUCUGAUGUACUGACCUGAUUGGUAGCCUGGUAUAAUUCCUGAUGGAUUGCCUGACUGGUAGGCUGGUGGUCUGCAUCAGGAGGAGGAGUAUGCCACACUGCUUCAGGAUUUAUGGGAAAGUUACCGGAAUUUUGCAACCCAAUGAGGACCAAUCAGAUAUCACAGCCUAUUUCCUAUACUUCACUCAUAGGGCUCUGGUAACCUGGUAACUACAUAGGGCUAUGGUAACCUGGUAACCACAUAGAGCUCUGGUAACCUGGUAACCACAUAGAGCUCUGGUAACCUGGUAACCAUAUAGGGCUCUGGUAACCUGGUAACCACAUAGAGCUCUGGUAACCUGGACCCACAUAGGGCUCUGGUAACCUGGUAACCAUAUAGAGCUCUGGUAACCUGGUAACCACAUAGAGCUCUGGUAACCUGGUAACCACAUAGAGCUAUGGUAACCUGGUAACCACAUAGAGCUCUGGUAACCUGGACCCACAUAGGGCUCUGGUAACCUGGUAACCACAUAGAGCUCUGGUAACCUGGUAACCACAUAGAGCUCUGGUAACCUGGACCCACAUCGAGCCCUAUGAGGGUAUUACCAGAGUUCUACCAGGUUACAUCUACUGCAUGUGGAUGGGGAACAGUCGAGAAUAGAGUGUGGGAUCUCAGUUUAAAUCUUAGUCUCUGAAAUACUCCUAAAGAAGAGAUCAUUGUCGCCACCUGACAGCCAGACCAACUGUCUGAACAAUGUGUUACAUGUGGUAUUAUACAGAUAUAUUUAUAUAUUGUCUCUUUGUGUACACCUACCCUGCAAUGUAAAUAUUGUAAAUACUAAAUAUAUGACAUAUAAAUAAAUGUGUUUGGUAAAUAACA